AUGGCUGAAUCUUCCAAACGUCGUCAAGCAGUUGAUCCUGAUGAAGAUCUUAAGCACGUGGAGUUUGAGACUUCUGAUGGAGUCGAGAUCAUUCCUACUUUCGAUGCUAUGGGAUUGAACAAGGAUCUGCUCAGAGGUAUCUAUUCUUAUGGAUUUGAAAAGCCGUCAGCCAUCCAACAGAGAGCUAUCAAGCAGAUUAUGAAGGGAAACGACCUCAUUGCUCAGUAAGUUAAUGUACUAUGUUAUUUUACCUUGUUUAGGGCUCAAUCUGGUACUGGUAAGACAGCGACCUUCUCUAUUGGCACCCUUCAGUCAAUUGAUGUUCAAACUAGGGAAACUCAAGCUUUGAUCCUCUCUCCAACCAGAGAAUUGGCUACACAGAUCCAGAAGGUUAUCUUAGCGUUGGGAGACUACAUGAAUGUCCAAUGUCACGCUUGUAUUGGAGGUACAAAUGUUGGAGAAGACAUGAGAAAGCUGGAUUAUGGUCAACACAUCGUUACUGGCACUCCUGGUCGUGUGUUUGAUAUGAUUAGACGCAGAAAUCUCCGAACCAGAAGUAUAAAGUUGUUGGUGUUGGAUGAAGCAGACGAAAUGUUAACCAAGGGAUUCAAAGAACAAUUGUACGAUAUCUACAGAUACUUGCCUCCAGGUGCUCAAGUUGUUUUGUUAUCGGCUACACUUCCUCACGAUGUCUUGGAAAUGACAAGCAAGUUCAUGACUGACCCUGUCAGAGUUUUGGUGAAACGGUAAGAAUGUUAUAUUGGUAUUUGUGGUAUAUUUUGUUUUUCAUAUUGAUUUAAACUUUAACGUAAAACUUAUAAAUGGUUAGUUUCCGUUAUUACCUAAUUUUCUUAAUAAUUUAAUAUUUGUAGUGAUGAACUGACAUUGGACGGAAUUAAGCAGUUCUUCGUUGCCGUCGACCGAGAGGAAUGGAAGUUCGACACCUUAUCUGACUUGUACGAUACCCUAACCAUCACUCAAGCUGUAGUGUUCUGUAACACGAGAAGAAAGGUCGACUGGUUGGCCGAGAAGAUGCGAGAAGCCAACUUCACCGUAUCGUGCAUUCAUUCAGACAUGGAACAGAAGGAACGUGAAGAAGUCAUGAAGCAGUUUCGUGCUGGAGAAUCUCGAGUACUCAUCUCAACUGACGUGUGGGCCCGAGGUCUGGAUGUCCCUCAAGUUUCACUUGUUGUCAACUACGAUUUGCCUAACAAUCGUGAGUUGUACAUCCACAGAAUCGGCAGAUCGGGACGUUAUGGACGAAAGGGUGUGGCGAUCAACUUUGUUAAACAAGACGACAUCAGAAUCUUGAGAGAUAUCGAACAGUACUACUCGACCCAAAUCGACGAAAUGCCAAUGCAAGUGUCUGACUUGAUCUGA